AGCAGCACCCAACUCCAAACCAAAACAACAAAAAAAUGUCUUCUGCCUCCCCCGCCGCCACGAUCCCCGGCGUGGCGGCGACCAAGCAAGAAAGCGUGCUGGAAAUGCUCUCUGGGGCGUCGGAGAAGGUAACCCCAGACGGCUCGGCGCCCGCCGCGUCUGCACCACCUCCUGCUGGAGCGGCUCCUUUUGCACGGGAAGAGGAGGAGGAGGAGGGAGGAGGAGGAGGAGAAGAAAGUGCAGCCGCGGCCAGCGCGGAUCAGGUCCUGCUCCACGCGGAACUUUUGGUUAGGAACCACCACGCUGCGGCGGCGGCGGCGGCUGCCUCUCCCUCGCCCUUGCCGUCCUCCUGCUCCUCCUCGCCUCCCUCCUCCUCUCCGCAGACCCUCCUGGCUUUCUCCCCGGACCACGUCGCGUGCGUCUGCGAGGCGCUGCAGCAAGGCGGCCACCUGGACCGGCUGGCCCGGUUCUUGUGGUCGCUGCCCCAGAGCGACCUGCUACGUGGCAACGAGAGCCUGCUGAAAGCCCGGGCGCUGGUGGCCUUCCACCAGGGGCUCUACGCCGAGCUCUACGGCAUCCUGGAGAGCCACAGCUUCGACGCCGCCAACCACCCGCUGCUGCAGGAGCUCUGGUACAAGGCGCGCUACACCGAGGCGGAGCGGGCCCGCGGCCGGCCCCUGGGCGCCGUCGACAAGUACCGGCUGCGCAGGAAGUUCCCGCUGCCGCGCACCAUCUGGGACGGCGAGGAGACGGUCUACUGCUUCAAGGAGAAGUCGCGCAACGCCCUCAAGGAGCUCUACAAGCAGAACCGCUACCCCUCGCCCGCCGAGAAGCGCAACCUGGCCAAGCUCACCGGCCUCUCGCUCACGCAGGUCAGCAACUGGUUCAAGAACCGCCGGCAGCGGGACCGCAACCCCUCCGAGCCCCAGUCCAAAAGUGAGUCAGACGGUAACCCCAGCACAGAAGAUGAGUCCAGUAAGGGACAGGAGGACCUAUCUCCACAUCCACUGGCCAGUACCUCUGAUGGAAGCACCAACCUCAGCCUUCCUAGCCAUUUGGAGCCAGUCUUCAUGCAGCAGCUUGGAAAUACCAAAAUAUCUCUAAGCUCUUCAGGAGUUUUGCUGAAUGGAAACUUGAUGCCUGCCAGCCCGUCUCCCGUUUUCCUUAAUGGUACCUCUUUCAUUCAGGGGCCCAACGGCGUCAUUCUCAAUGGGCUGAAUGUGGGGGCUUCACAAGCGAUAUCGUUAAAUCCACCCAAAACAUCUCCAAGUGCUUUGAGCAAUGGGGCAUCCCUGACCAAUCUGUUGGCAUCUUCUUCGGAAGAUGCGAAAGACUUCAAAAUCCUCCAGAAUUCCAUGUCGAGCUCCGCAGCGCCAUCAUCAACGACGACAACGUACAGUCCCAGUCCGGUUCCCAUCACUUUCCCAGGUUUGAUACCCAGCAUGGAGGUGAAAAGGGAAGAAAACGAAGAAGCCAUUGCCUCUCAAGAUGGCAGCUCCAUAGUUACUUUUACAGCUCCCGUCCAAAUAAACCAAUAUGGCGUUGUCCAGAUUCCAAAUUCAGUGACAAAUGGCCAGUUACUUAACGGAGGCAUGGGAUUUUCUUCGGUGCAGCUGCCUCCUGUUUCUGCUGCAACUACCCAAGGCAAUAUUUCAAUCCAUCAAAGCGCAUCAGACGGGAGCACGUUCACAAGCGACUCUGCCUCAGCCCAAGGGAAAGUGUUUUUUGGCUCUCUCGCCCCUAGUGCAGUGGUGUACACCGUCCCAAAUUCAAGCCAGGCGAUUGGACCAGUGAAGCAAGAAGGACUGGAAACCAGCCUUGUGUUUUCUCAAGUCAUGCCUCUCGGUCAGCACUCCCAGCUUCAUGCUAGUUUGCCUCCCGACAGCCUCACCAGUGGAGGCCUCCAGUCUGCAGCCUCCUCGCUAGUCAACGUCACUCUGUCUCAUAACUUUUCCCUAGGGCCGCCCACUCUUUUAAAUGCAGAAGACCUCAGCUCCAGUGUUUCCGGCAGCACCCCCAUGUCGGUGGCGCCUGUGACAAGUGGUGCGACCGUUGUUUCUGUCAGCAACACAAACUAUGCAACCCUCCAGAACUGUUCCCUCAUUACUGGCCAUGAUCUGAUGUCCAUCUCCACCACGCAGUCGGCACUUGGAGGAAUCGGUCCGGCAACCGGCAAUCACAUCGGACACCCGUCAGUGGAAGUUCAUCCCAGUUUCGGUGGAGAGCAGCGGUUAAUCCUGCACUCGGUCCCCGAGAUAAAGGAAAACUUCUUAUCUGAUUCUGAGAGUAAAGCAGCUAGUAGCUUAAUGAUGCUGGAUUCGAAAACCAAAUAUGUUAUGAGCAAUAUGGUGGAUGCCAUCUGCGAAGAGCUGGAGACAGACAAAAAAGAGCUUGCCAAACUCCAGACAGUACAGAUGGAUGAAGAUAUGCAAGACUUGUAAAAAGAAAUAUAUAUAUAUAUAUAUUUCCUUCAUUUUUGAUUUGCAUUUCAGUAGAGAAGUCUCUUUCUCAUGAGGCCCUAGAAGCACUGUCUGUGUGUGUGUGUGUGUGUGUGUGUGUGUGUGUGUGUGUGUGUGUUUUUCAUCUAAUCAAAAUAUGCAUACAGGACAACCCCAAAAGCACACAGGAAGGCUCCAAUUUCAAUAAGUAGAGUCUCCGUUAACAAAAUGAAGUUUUGUUCAGUUUUGGUUUUGGGUUUUGCAUGAAAUCUAAGCUUUUACCUUUACUCAGUUAAAUGCGGUUCAAGCAACUUUAAUGUAGAGGGAGAAAUGCCAGUCACAGUCAGCCAUGGGAUGAUCUGACUUGCUAGUAUAAUCCAAAUAGUUUCAUUAGACACAUCGCGCUUCAGUGUAUUUUCAGAAAGUGUAUGCUUCAAAUAUUAGGUAGAAGCCAGAAUGCGCUCUCUCAAAAGUCUGACACAAAGAGAGAGCUUGCUUUUUUGUCUGGAUGCAAGUUGACUUCUAGAUGGUGGGCAUUGACAAAAUUGUGUGUGUGUAUGUGUGUGUUUUCAUUGUAAUUGAUAUUUUAGAUCAGGGUUUCCCAACCUGUAAUCCUCCAGAUGUGCUGAACUUCAACUCCCAUCAUUCCACAAUUUGUUGUGCCUGGGGAUGAUGGGAGUUGUAGUUUAGCAACAUCUGGCAUAUCACCUGUUGGGAACCCCUGUUUUAGAUCAUACCUCACAAGCUGCUGUUACCUUCUUGAUCGAGGUUAAAAAAGGAAGCACAACUGCAAAUAAUAGAUGGCAUCCAGACUAAAUUACUCCCGAGCAGUCCUGUGAAAAUUAAGUAGUGUGUUAGACUGCUUCCCGAGUAAUACUGUUGAGUAACUUAGUCUGGAUGUCAGCCAGUGAUUUUUGCUGAUUUUCUUGUUUUCUUUUGGUUUUUGGCAGAAUCUUGUUCAUACCCCAAAGCCCUGCAAUCUGACCCAUUGUUGGUUUUGCAAUGUUAGCGCUCGCACUCUCUCUCUUUCUUUCUCUCUGGUUUUUGAAUCAAUGCAGUGGGUAGGGAUGGUGGGUGGGGAUGGGGAAAUUGUUUUGCAAAUCAGAAUUAUGCAACCCAGAAUCCUUUGCUCCAUUAUAUAUGUAAAUGUUGUUCUAAUUGCUCUAAAGGGGAAUCCUUUUUUUAUUAGUA